UAACAGGAUUAAGGCUUUAAGAGGAAGUCUUCAAAGCAGGCUUGGUUACCCGGAUAUUAUCGUUGAAUCGACACGCUUAUCGUCCGCGAGGACCCACGGAAAGAGGUUCUGAUAUCUAAGUAGAAAUCCCCAAGCAUAGUGCUCCACAACUGAUUCUAACGGAAAAACAUGAUCACUGAUGGCGAUUCUGAUGAUGCCACGGAAGUGGAAGUGGCAGAGAUUGUCAGGAAUGUAGAUUUCUUGGAGCAUCUCACCGAUGAACUGACAGGCAACGCUCAUGCUGUAAAAUUUCGAGUUUUCAAACGAGGAGAGCUCGUUGAACGGGACAGCAACCAAUCAGAAUGGAUCUACUUUAUCAAGUCGGGUAGCGUUUCGGUAUUGAAGAAACUCAAAGCUGUGCCGCCGAAAAGGUUGUCAAAAAGUGAAGAUUUGGAUCAAUUUAAGAGAGUCAAACAGUUCAGAAACGUUAAUCAUGCGGACUUUGUUGACGAGCUGUUUUCGGCCAACCAUAUACCAAUAUACAACAGUCCCUAUGAAAUGGAAAAAAGACUAGAACAAACUCUUCCGGGUUACCUGAACCAUGCUGAUCGCCUGGGAGUUGUUCCAUAUGAUGACAUCAUAGAAAAGCAAAAACAACGGGUCCGUCGUGAAACCUUCAUCGAUGUGCCCAGUUUGCCAGCAAUACAAAUAAACGACAGCGACGCAUGCCCACCGGAUCUUCCAACAGAUAGAAAAACACCUCCCGUCAUGAAGAGUUCUCUAUGUUUACCACCGAUAAGGAAAGGUUCAAACGGAUCCUUCUUUUUUCAAACGCUGUUUGCAAAACAGAAGCCCGGGGAAGUUCCGAGAGAAAAAAAGCGUUUGGAUGUCUACCAAACCCAAGAACAGAUUCCAGAUUUCACACAACGAGGAAAACCAAGAAAAUCGAUCGCCAAGACCCGAAUCAAGGCUGCUCAAAUUUCCCGCUUGGGUAAUGUCACGGGAGAUAACUCCAUCUUCCUUUCGGUCCAGGUUCUAGAGAAGGGAGAGUACUUCGGAUUCAAUAAUCUACUCCACCAUGACCAGCCGAGUUUGAGUUUAGUCAGUAAUGGGGCAGAAUGUGUUCUCAUUUCCAAAAAGUUUUUCCAGCAACAUCUGGAUGGGGCUCUACUCAGCAAGCUAAGGGACACGGAAAACCGCUACCCGAAAUCGGCCACACUUCAGGAAAAAGUCCAGGAUCUGGUAAACUGGAUUGAAGGCCGAAAGAAGAUAUACAGUCAGCUGGUGUUGGACAAGAGAAAAAAAAUUGAAUGCAGGAAGCAGUUCCACCCACAAUACCUCGGAGAGUAUUGCUUCCGGUUUGGUCCUGGAUAACCUCUCGGUAUCUGAUUGGAUACUUAUAAUGGGCUACCGUGUUGAUUAAGAUAACACGUGUAAGGAUCAGUUAUACCCGUUUCCUGAUCAAAUGACUUUUACCAUUAUACAUGGCUUUGGGACCUUAUAACAUUGAGAGGUUAACGUUUGUUAAUUUUGCAACAAUAUAUACCAGUUAUCCAGUGCCGGGUUUUCAAACUGAUUUAAGAAAUAU